AUGGACCGCCACCUCCAAUUUGACGACGGCAGAAUCUGGGUCGCAAGAGUGCGCACCCCUGGGCCAAACUACCUGGCAGGCGGCGAGAAGAUGCUGGAACCAGAAGCAUGCCUGAAAAGUGAGAUAGUCAACGCCACGUUCUUGAAAAAAAGUUCAUCGAUUCCCAUUCAAACAGUUUACGGUUUCGAUUUGGGGGUGACAGAUGAGGUAGGAGGGCCGUAUGAGCUGUUCGAGCAUGUAGGCGAAACCACGGCGAAUGAGCUUCGAGUCUUGAGGAACGGCAACGACUCUAACAUGUACGGCACGAGAGAGCAAGACAAAAAAUUCAGACAGAAGCUGGCAGAGAUUUAA